ACUAGCAACUUUGUAAGUGUGAUCAUCAAUAAUGACGGUUAUAAUUUAAAAACUUAAGAGUUCUGACUUGUCUUCUUGACAUAAUAUAAAAUAUUUAAUAUUAAUAAUUAAUCACUAUAAUAUGAAUACUAAAGUAGAUAAAUUGAUCAAAAUUGAUUUAAAUAUAGGUGAUCAGUUAACAUCAAUAUCUUGUGGGCAUAUAGUUGUAGAAUUGAUAAAAUUUUUAGCAUAUCAAAGACUACAAAUUCCGUAUACCUAUCCAUGGUUAAAACAGCUUAUAACUAAGAGAAAGUCAAUUGAAAUUAAAAAGGAAAGUUAUCAGUCUGAAAGACAUUUUCACGUAGCAUCGACAGCUUUAGAAAAUCUUGAUUUUAUUAUUAAAAGUCUAUUGAAAGAAAUUGAUAGUGCCGUAUUGCCUGAAGAAAUAUGCAUUGCAUUAGGUGCAACCCCGGUCACAUGUAAAGAAAUAUAUAGGAUCCUUAUGCCUCAUGCAUGCCACAAACCUCAGUGCCAUUCAAACAAUAUUGCAAGUGAUCAAAAAAUACAGAAAAGUGUAUUUAGAAAUUUAGUGACAUCAGAAAAAUUGAGCAAAGUAUUCUUUGAUAGUCUUGCACCUACUAAUAUGUAUGUAUUCAUCAAGAAGGUCCCUUUAAACAACCAAGAUGUUGUAUGUAGUGAUCAAUUUGUACUUAUAAAUGGGUAUAAAAUACCAAAAAGCUGCAAAGUCAUUGUAUUGGACUUCAGGAGCCAUAACCCCGACAAUAUAUCAUGUUGCAAUAAGUUCGAGGUUUUUGGGGAUGUAAUAAGCAAAAGUAUUGGAAACCUCGUACUUGAUAAUAGUACACAAGAGAAUUACUUUAGUGAUAUCGAAUCAUCGAAUAAAGUUAAAUGGUUCCAGUCAAGCUAUGUUAUGAAAGGAUUCAAAGAUUCCUUUGUCAAUGGCUGUUCAGUAACGAAUACUUGGCUAGAGUCAUGAUAAACAAGGAAGUAGGAAAAUUAUUAGAUUUAAAUAAAAAUCUGACUAGUUUAAUUCUCUACAUUAAAUACAUAUUGUUAUUUUUUAUAUGUCCAUUUUGACUUAUUUGUUGUUUACGUGAAUCAUUAAUGAAGUUAAUUUUAAGUUUUACUUUCAAUGUUAUAACUGUUUUUAAGUGUGCCAUAACAUGUUUUUAUAUAGAAUUGAUAAGAAAUUCAUUUUUUGUUUUCAAUUAUACAACAUGUACUGCUGCAUUUUCUUAUUUUGUCAUUAUGUCCAAUCUCAAUUAUAAUCUAGAACGAUUUUACCAUUCAGAGUAUUUCAUGGUCGAUUAUAGCUUUCCCAUCACUAAAAAUAGUCCUUUCCCUACUUACAACACAUUCUUUCUUCAAAUUGUAAUCAUUUGGUCGGGUACAAUUACCCCAUUUGUGGCAAUUUCUAUAUGCCUCAUUAAAUUCUACAAUCAAAUUGUUUCUGCUGCCAUUAGGACCAACAGUGUAGUCACAAACAAUAGAUUUCUUUAUCAUAUCACGAAGGCAGCAUUCGAGUAGUUCAUAGUAUUCUAACCAGUAGUUUAAUGGUAGUUGUUUUAAUUUAAGACCGAGGCUUUCAGUGAGAA